AUGGCGUCUUCUUCCCUAUCAACUCUCUGCAGCUCUGCUUCCUCGUCUCUACAUCCAAACUAUAAGCUCUCACAUUCUCCUUCCGCUAAAUUAUCUUCCAAAUCAAAUGUCUCCGUCCAGUUUCUGGGAAAGAGACAGCCCACACUUCUCUCCUCAUCCCCGAGAUUCCUCACCGUUAUCGCUAUGGCUCCACCGAAACCGGGAGGCAAAGCCAAAAAAGUUGUCGGAGUUAUAAAACUCGCUCUGGAGGCGGGGAAAGCAACUCCGGCGCCGCCUGUAGGUCCGGCGCUUGGUUCGAAAGGAGUCAACAUUAUGGCUUUUUGCAAGGAUUACAAUGCCAGAACCGCUGAUAAAGCCGGCUAUAUCAUUCCUGUUGAAAUCACAGUCUUCGAUGAUAAGAGCUUCACUUUCAUCCUCAAGACCCCUCCUGCUUCGGUUUUAUUGCUCAAGGCUGCAGGUGUUGAGAAGGGAUCGAAAGAUCCAAAGCAAGAUAAAGUUGGGACGAUAACAAUAGACGCCCUCCGCACGAUCGCGGCGGAGAAGCUUCCCGAUCUGAACUGCACCACCAUUGAAUCCGCAAUGAGAAUCAUCGCAGGAACUGCAGCUAACAUGGGGAUAGACAUCGACCCUCCGAUUCUUGAACCUAAGAAGAAAGCUGUUUUGUUGUAA